GGCAUCCAAGAUGGAUCUCAAGUGUGCUCUGGAAGAAUGUUCAAUGGCACUGAACUUAUUUCUAAACAAUAAGUUCUCUGAAGCCCUGGAACUACUUCGUCCAUGGUCUAAAGAUAGUAUGUACCACGCCCUUGGGUACAGCACUAUUUUAGUUAUGCAAGCCGCUAUGACCUUUGAACAGCAGGAUAUACAAAUGGGAAUCUCUACAAUGAAGGAGGCUUUGCAAACCUGCCAAAGAUUCAGGAAAAGAAGCACAGUGGUGGAAUCCUUGUCCAAUCUGGUUUCUAAACAGACAGUGGAUCAGUUGAGUGAAGAGGAAAUGCAUGCUGAAAUCUGCUAUGCUGAAUGCUUACUACAGAAAGCAGCUCUCACCUUUGUACAGGAUGAAAAUAUGAUCAACUUUAUCAAAGGUGGCCUCAAAAUUAGGACAAGUUACCAAAUAUACAAAGAAUGUCACCAGGUGCUACAGAUGACUCAGGGGAACAAAAGCAAAAAUGAAACCUACUACCAGUUUGAAGGAGGAGUAAAACUUGGAAUUGGAGCAUUCAACUUGAUGCUGUCGCUUUUACCUGGAAGGAUCCUUCGACUUUUAGAAUUUAUUGGAUUUUCUGGCAAUAGG